AGUAUGUAGAAGAUGUAUACCAUCUUGAUACUUUUGUCGUGUACAAUAGCACAUGGUCUGCGACCGAGAAAUGUCAACUAUCGGAGGCAAGAUGUUACGACGUUAGAACAAAUCCCAGUAGAUGUGCAAACUGAAGCACAAACAAUCGUUGCCGAGUCAAUGGACCUUAAAACAGAAAAUAAUAAAGCGACAGAGAAAGAAACAGAUCAUCCAGUAGAAAAUACAGAAACUCCAGAAAAAGAAACAGAAACGACAGGGGAAUCGCGAGAAACAGAAAACCCAACCGAAAAACCGAUGCAACAGCCAAUAGCUGCUGUGGAAAUAGACAAUCAGACCAUUUCUCAAAACGUGCAAGAAGUUACGUCCGAACCGCAAAACCUAGAGACGGAAACAGCAGCUCCUGUUGAAAUGGAAACAGAUUCAGCGAUUGCACCUACUGAAGCGGAGCCGGAAUUAGACUCUAAACCAACAGAGGAAGCACUGGAAAAUGAAGCUGUUGAUCAAAAAGAAACAGAACCAGAGCUAAAAGUACAAGAUCCAGAAACCGAAGCACAACAAAACGACCCAGAACAGGAACUAAAUGAUCAAGAAGCCAAUAUUGAACCAGUAGUUGCACAGAGAGCUCAAGCUAAUGACGAGCAAAGUGCACAGCAAGAAAUAAAUGAAUCUAAACCACCUAAACUAGCAGAACUAAUAGACCAAAAUGAUGCCGAUAUUACAAACAAAGACGUAGACCACACCAACGACAACCAAACCAGUGAUAAUGAAAUAAAAAGCAUUGUAUCAAAAUACUUCAACUCUGUGCCAGAUAUAAAAUCUCAAUACAUCCUUAAUGAAGGGUUGGCUAAAUCUAUAACACAUUAUUUCCAAAAUAGAGUUGUAGCCUUGCCUUUAUUUCACAUAAAUAUGAAAAUAGAUCGGAACCUUGUAAAAAUACCGUGGGAGACUGGACCGCCACAACUAGCUAAUAAAAAGGGAUCCUAUCCAUAUAGAGUUUUACCUGGUUUUAAAAAAUAAGACCCCGAGACUACACAAUAAAAAGAUUAUCGAAUUUAUAAUUUAUUUA